CAUUCAUAUAUUUAGGGCGAGGUUGGUUGUUAUAUCCGAGUGUUCAUUAUUUAUUGGGCGUUUAUUAUUUUCUAAAACAGUUUUAACAUAAAACUACUAAAUAGACCUUUGUAUUUUUUUCUUUUCGUUAAAUCAUCGGUGAAUAAGUGGUUUCAUUCAAAAAACGCAGUUUGUGGGCAAUGCAGUGGGUACUAUCUAUAAAUUUGUAAUAAAUUGUGAUUUGUUUUUAUAAAGAAAAUGGGGAAAUUAUUGAGUUUACUGUCCCGCGACGACUCUAACUGUUGUUCAUCACCACGAUACGACAUAUUCUUGGAUUUUGAAAAUGCAGCACCAACAGACACGGAACGUGUCGUUUUUGAAGAAGUUCAGAGGGUAUUAUUGGACUCUGAGAAGAUAUUAGAGGAAAUUCAAUGUUAUAAAGGAGCUGGGAGAGAAAUAAGAGAGGCCAUAGCAGAUCCAUCGAGAAUAUCACAAGAGCGAGCUUCGCGCGCAGUCAAACCAUUGGUUGAUAAGCUUCUGAGAUGCUACAAUCACUCCCUGGAGUUGCAGAGGGUAGUGCCACGGUUGCUCGGUUCUCUGGUGGGCGGCGCCAUGAGUCCCACACAGCACCUUGAGCAGCAGCAAGCGCUCGUCAAACAGUUCGCGGAAAUACUCGAGUUUGUGCUCAAAUUCGAUGAACAUAAGAUGAAAACGCCAGCCAUCCAGAACGACUUCAGCUACUACAGACGCAGCGUCUCCCGCGGAGGUCUCAUCAAUGCCGAAACUCCCGGGGACGAGCCGCACAUAAGCUCCGAGGUUACAAACAGAAUGUCCCUCUUCUACGCACAAGCCACGCCGAUGCUGAAAGUUCUCUCCGAGGCCACGAGCCAAUUUGUAAACGACAACCAACAAGACUUGGAGAACACGACAGAGACUUUGAGCACGAUGGCCAAAGUUUGCUUGAGGAUGCUCGAAAAUCCGAAACUGGUGGCACAGUUCAGCCGCGAGGAGACUUCGCUGCUAGUGUUGCGAGUAAUGGUCGGCCUGAUCAUCCUGUACGACUGGGUGCACCCGUCGGGAGCCUUCUGUCGCUCCUCCUCCGUCGACGUGAAGGGCUGCGUCAAGUUUCUGCAGCAGCAGACGCCGGCUAAAGCGGAGCCGCUACUCAACGCACUCAGGUACACAACGAAACACCUGAACCAUCAGACCACGCCGAAGAACAUCCGGACCUUGUUGGCGGCGUGAGGACAGCACUCCAGCCUUGCAUGCUGCUGUGGGGAGUGACCGACAAUAAAACGCGGGGAUCUCUCAUACACGCUCAUAUUUAUGUUUACUUAUUUAACACCCGACACGUUUAAAAAUUUUAUAUAGACGAUUCUGUUGCACGAAAAACCUUUUUUUAAACAUGGUUAAAGGAUUUUCUUUCGGAUAAUUGAUGGACUACUUCUACUAAUAGAGGUUAGUCCACCUUUAAUACCAUUAGAAGAUUUUGUUGCACGAAAUAAAAUACCGUUUAACAUGGUUGUAGGAGAAUUAAGGAUUGAUAAAAUCAUAUUUUAGAGGUUAGGCAGUCCACGUUUAUCGUAGACGUUUCUGUUGUUCGAAAUUCGAAAUACUAUACUAACCGUAUUUCCUAACAUGGUUGCAGGGAAAUUUCGGAUGAUUGAUAAUGUCCUACUUUUAGAGGCUUGUUUACCAUCUCUGUUAAGUUAACUAGGUCUAUACCCAACAGCGUUGCCAGACGUCCCGAGUUUAGAGGGACGUGCCGAUUUUUAAGUCAAAAUUGAAUGUCCCGCGCGGGACAGGCUCAAUCCCGCUUUUCGGGAAUAACUCGACCGUGCGUGCAGCGUACAGAGAAAGCGCGGGUGGCACAGACAAGUGUGGACUUGCCAUCCGGGCAGGUGGGCCCGCGUAAUGAAGAUAAAUAUUCAAUAACUUUUGAUUAUAUAAGUUUUUUUACUAUGUCCCGUUUUCGACGAAAGAAUUCCGCUUUUCUCACUCAAAAAGUUCCUAAAUCCCGACAUGGCUGGCAUCGCCGAUACCCAAUAAGCCUUUUUAACUUUUUAUUUAAUUUUAUUAUCUGAUUUUAAUGAUGACUCUUACAAUUUUAAACUUCAAUGUCAGAAGGUCGAUCGUUAUAUUUACCCAUGGACCUGACUUUAUUUUAAUUCUAAAAUGUUUGAAGUGUUUUCAAAAAUGAAAAAAGGACUUGCUUAAAAAAAAAGAGUGAAUCAGCACUUAUGAUUCUAAAUGGAGUGUUCAGUAGGCCUAUACGCUAACUGCUUCACUAUCACCGAGCUAUUUAGUGAUCCACGACUGCAAUUUUCUCUUUAGAUACACACUGUAAAAAAAGGUUUGCGAUUAGGCCGGCUGGUCUAAGUUUACCAUCAUCAAUAAUUACUUCAGAGUUAUUACCUUCUUUUAAAAUACGAUUGAACUUUGCGUAGCUCUAUUUUUUGCCUAAAUGGUGAGAGAAACAUUAAACGUAAAGUUGUAAUUCCCAUGAAGGGUAGGUAAGCUUAGGCUAUACUGAAGACGUCAUUUUUCAUUAACUAUGUUUUUAGUUGUUGUUGAUUUAAUAAUUUCGUUGUAAUAUUGAACCCUAUUUCUUACCGAAGUACAGUACCAACUAAACUAUGUUCAAUUCAUCAACUUGGUUGCUCAAAAUAAAGUAAUUUCUCGAAGAUCUUGCAUUCUUUAAAAUUAACAUUAAAACGAAACGAUUCAAUUUUUAGGUCAGUCUUUUACGACUCACGAUAGUUAUUUAAUAGUUUGUGAAACCUCGUAUGUGACACGAUUAGGAUUCUUGAUCGAUUCUAGGUGUUUUAAAAUGAAUUUAUAGAUAAAUUACAUUGUUCAUACGAAUAUAAUAAGAGUAAACAAAAGAAUAUAAGUAUAUAUUUUUCAAAAUUGGUGAAACUGAACGUUGCGGUUUCUCUGUCUGGUUUCGAUUUGAGUUUAAUCUAUUAGAUUUAGUACGUAGGGGUGCAGCCUUAUUAAACGUGCAUGCUUUAAAAGCUGUUAUGUUAGGUUAGGUAUUGUUGAGAAAGUUUCCCCUACCCCCUCCCCAGUUGUGCAAGGUUUAUGUAAGUAAAAUCUAUUUAAAUAUAUAUAUACUUGUCAAUCUAUUUCCAACUCGUAAGUUAGCUUUUACAAGCCAACGUGUAAGUAUGUUUAUAAUAAGACAAUCCUAAGGGCUGAUUACAUCACUUCUUGGUAUAAGUUACCUGUCAAAUAUUAUAUCUCGUCUUAGACUAGAAAUUUAACGUGAAAAAAAUACAACCGACAGAUAUCUAAUUGUUAGUAUUUAUGAUGACAUCAGGAAGAGAUGGAAUUGAUCCAUGCUUAAUUAAGAUAAAAGUAUUAUUAUAAUUAUGUAAUAAUCCCAACAUUGCCUUUGAAGUAAGUCUAUGAAUGUUGAUUAUUAAACCGAUCCUGAAUUGACUCAAUUUAAUACCAUAAUCGCGGUUUCCAGUUAACAAUAAACCUAGAUUGAUUUGAUAUAAAGCUCAAAACGUAUUGCAUAUAAUCGUAAUUUUAUGAUCUAUAAAGAAAAUCUUAAAAAAGAUCAAUUGAUUAAGAUUCAUCUGACAAGACUGGAA